UGAAGGGACUAGUGAAAAAGAAGAACAAGUGUAUUUGGGACGAAGCAGUGCAGGAGGCCAACGGAGGCCUGGGGGGGGACGUCAAGCAGAUGUGGGAAGGGAUUAGUGGAAUCGUAAAAAACACCGCGCAAGGGGGGGAUACAGGGGUAGCAACUUUGCGAGGUGUGAACGGUGGAUUAGUCAGCAGUGGGAAGGGAAAAAGGGAAGUUCUAGCAGGACACUACAAGAGACUUGGAGUGCCCUCGGAGAAUGAAGCUUUUGACCAAGCGUUUAAGAAGGAGGUGGACGCAUGGGCCCAAAAAGAAGAAGAGACAUCGAAGGCAGACGUUGGGAACGUAGAACUAGAAAAGGAGUUCACUGAGGACGAGGUUGAGGCGUGUGUGAACAAGCUGAAGUGCCACAAAGCAGCAGGAGCGGAUGGGAUAGUCAACGAGUUCAUGAAGUUUGGGGGGAAGGGGAUGAUCCAGCUGAUGGCACUGCUAUACAAUUGGGUGUGGAAAAACGAGUAUACGCCAAGUAGAUGGAGGGAAGGAGUGGUUGUGAACUUGUUCAAGAAAGGAGACAAGACUGACCCAGGAAACUACAGGGGGAUCACACUGUUGAACACAGUAGGAAAAGUGUUCUGUAAGCUGCUGAACGAUAGGAUAGUGGGAGUAUUGGAGAAGGAACAUAGCAUUAGUGAGGGCCAGGCAGGUUUCCGCAAGAAGAGGGGGUGCGUAGACCACGUGUUCACGGUAGGGAGAAUCAUCCAAGGUAGAAAGAGGGCGGGAAAGCCGACGUACUGCUUCUUCCUGGACGUGAAAAAGGCAUACGACACCGUGUGGAGAAAUGGGUUGUGGAAACAACUGUCCAAAUACGGGAUCAAGGGGAAAAUGUGGAGAGUGCUGAAGAAGAUGACAGAGUGUACGAAAAGCGCGGUCAUGCUAGACGGAGAACUGUCAAAAUUCUUCGACAUUGAGCAGGGGGUCCCACAAGGUUGCACGCUGUCCCCAACAUUGUUCCAGGUGUUCAUCAACGAUCUGUUGGAAGUCGUAGAGGCAGUCCGGAAGGGAGUAAAAGUAGGGGACACGGAAACGUCGGUUUCAGGAAUGCUGUUUGCGGAUGAUUUUGUCGGUAUGUCGGACACCCCUGAGGGACUGCAACUGCAAAUUGACGCGGCGAAGAAGUUUACUGAUAAGUGGAGAUUGUCUGCCAACGUUCAGAAGAGUGCCGUCAUGGUUUGCAACGAGAACAAGGAGGAACCAGUAGAACAUAGAUGGAAGUGGGGGAUCGAGGAGAUUGCAGUAGUGGACCAGUACACAUACCUCGGAGUAGAGAUCGCAAAAGACUGCUCGUGGAAUGCACACAUGUCCAAGGUAGCGGAAAAGGGCAAAGCACGAGCAGGGAAGCUGCACCCAAUACUCGCAAACCGGCACCUCGAUACAUGCAUCAAAUUGACGGUUUUGAAGAGCGUAAUCGUACCGCCGCUAGAGUACGCCGGAGAAGUAUGGGAAGGAAAUAAGAAGGUAGUGAAAGAACUCGAGGCGGCGCAGAUGAAAGCAGCGAAAACCAUCCUAGGAUGCUCCAGGCGCACAAGUAAUGCAGCCGUGAGGGCAGAAUUGGGGAUCCAAUCCCUACGGUCGGGAAGAGACGCGAGGAAGCUGACCUGGCAGUAUCGCAUGUGCGGGAUGGGAGAGGAGAGGUUGCCGAGAAUUGUAUGGGAGGCGAAGUGGGCAAACAAAAAGAGGGGUAGACAACCCACGGAAUGGGUCAAGGUUGUAGAGGACGUAUGGAAGGGGCUCGACAUCGACGAAGAUGAAACGCUGGAAACGGAGGGUCUACAGGGGUUCAAGGAGAAGAUAUCUGUUGCUUGUGCCGAGAGAGAAGAACAGAAUCUGAGGAAAGAAUCCAAGGAUAAGGAGGGUCUAGAAGUGUACGGAAUGUUGAAGGAAGGAAUAGGGUUCAAGGACUACCUACAUGGACCAAUGGAUGCAGGAACAAAGCUUAAGGUCAAAUUCAGGACCGGGGACAUAGGCCUUCGAGAACGUCGACGAAGACAUAGGACGGUAGACGAGGAAGACGACGAGUUCAAAUGUGAUUGCGGCUUCGAAUGCGAAGACCGUGUUCAUGUAGUCGCGGAAUGUCCGUUGUACAAGAAGGAGAGGGAAGUGUACGUGACUGAGCUGGGAAAAAUAGAUGGAACGUACAGGGAGAUGUUUGAGGCAUGGAAUAGAGAGGAAAGGACGGUAGCUGUACUGGGGCAUAGGAGGUGGGUUGAAAAGGCAGGAAGGGAUAUCGUUAGGAUAGACUAUGGAAGACAUUUUUGAGCCACCUUUGGCAAAGCAGAAAGGAGCGAUUGGCCAUCGGUGAUCGGUCCUGUGGGAACAAUGCUCCUUGCUCUGUAGGACGCGUGGUCAAUGGUCUAAGCGCUAAGGCAUGCAAAACAUAAGAGUACCCCCCCCCCCUGGG